GGCUGCCGCAACUGUCACAGGUCCGGGCUGCAGCGACUGUCAUAGGGUCGGGCUGUAACAGUUGGCUAGAAUACCUAACUGCGUCUUCCGGCGGUCCAAUGGAACCCGACACGAUGGGGCCACAACCGACCACGGGCGAAGCGGGAGAGGAGUACAGGACAUCGCCCGACCGAGCUCUGAGGGAUCUGAAGGAACGAAUUAGGCGAGAAGCACCGUUGAGAUGGGCUGACCAAACCGAUGACGGAGGACCCGACGUAAGGGGCGAACCAGUUGUGACAGAGCCGCAGGAGGCUCUAAAGACGGGUACCUCGAGCGGACGACGAGAAGCGACGAGGCGACGCUCCCCCGAGUACGAGCGGAGGAACACCAUAGUGGACAGGCACAGAGACGACUGGAGAGAGAGUUUGAGGGAUUCCUAUUGGAGGGACAGAGAUAGCGACAGAGCGCCGCCGAGGCGAGUCUUCGACCCCCAGACAAGGGAGUCACAUCCGCUCCCUUACGAGAGCAAGGAUCGCUUUAUUAUUACGCACAAGGCCUCAGAGCCUCCUACCUUCAGGGGCUAUGGUAUCACAGAAUAUCUGGAGAAGUGGGAGCUUCACGCCAGCCGGAGUCAGUGGUCGGAGGAAGAGAUUAUAGAGAACUUCCUAUUUAAUGUGGACCCAAGUCUCGGUAGGGAAGUUAAGGAAGCUUGCCCGAAGGAUGGAAAAUGGACUACGUACAAGAAGAACCUCGUUGAGCUUUACAAAUUGGAGGAUAACAAGUAUUCCAUCAAGGACCUUGAAACAAUGACUCAAGAUGAAGAUGAGAGCGUACGGGCAUUUGGGAUGCGUUUCGAGAAGAUCUCCGACGUGCUGAUGAAGAAGGGGAAGAUCUCAGAGGUCGAGCGCUGUACUAUCUUCAUCGGACACCUGUCUAAAGGUAGGCAAAAGAGUAUACUUAGAGAUCUUCCGCGCAACAGGCUUGAUUUCCCAGAAGUCCUAAAGCUCGCGAUAAAGGCAGAGGCAGACGAUUACAAGGACCUGGUGUGGAGAGGGAUGAGGAGACGUGAUUUCUCUCUCUACAAGGAGUAUGUCACUGAUAGAUGUCCUGAUUUUAAAGACUAUCCCUGGUCGGAGAAGAAUGAGGUCGUGGCUGAGAAAGUGAAGGAGAUACAGGACAUGGUGAAGGGAUUGACGAGACAGGUUACAAAGAUUGUGACCACUGCAGGGGUCAGGGCCUACCGGGACAAACCUGGAGGGCCCUAUUCACUUCGCUGGGACCGUAGGAACAACGAUUCCUGGAGGAGUGUCGAGGAUAGAAAUCCUCGGACGCUGACUGAUUAUCGAGAUUGGGACUGGGAACGACGAGAUGGGUCACGCGGAUGGUUUGAGCGAGGGGGAGAUGCGAGAGAGCAGCACGAUGAGUCGCGGGGGUUGUACAACCGAGGGGACCGACGCGAUGAGUCACGAGGGCGAUAUAACUCGGGGGACCGCCGGAAUGAUUCACGAGGGCGGUAUGAGCAAGGGGGGUCUGAAGGAGACCUCCGCAGCGAUUUGCGCGGUCGGAAUGAGAGAGGGGGAUAUGACGCCUCAUCAGAGCCUUAUCCCAAGUCGCCUGACCCCAAGGCGGCCAGGAAUUCGAUCUCUAGAGGCGCAGACGACAGUACAUCUACUCCCAGGAACUCAUGCGUCUACUGUAGAGGAGAAGAUCAUAUCAAGAGGGAUUGYCCGGACCUCAAACGGGCAAUAGAUGAGGGACUUGUCGUGCUUGACGACCGCAAGUACGUCAAGUGGGCAGAUGAUCUGGGAGAUGUAUCGAUGUUCCCUUCGAUGAAGGAGAAUGUCGAAGCAAGGAGAAUAGAGACGAGUAAAGCAAUGGAGCCGAUCAGGAGCCAGAGCAUCAAGAUAAUCUUUGAGGGGGAUAUCGCGACCACACCCAUAAGGGUGGCAGCCACCAAGUCGGCAAGCCCUUCGUCAACCAAGGGUCCGAUCUCUAGAAGCGCAGACGACAGGCCAUCUACUCCCAGGAACUCAUGCGUCUACUGUAGAGGAGAAGAUCAUAUCAAGAGGGAUUGCCCGGACCUCAAACGGGCAAUAGAUGAGGGACUUGUUGAGCUUGACGACCGCAAGUACGUCAAGUGGGUAGAUGAUCUGGGAGAUGUAUCGAUGUUUUCUUCGAUGAAGGAGAAUGUCGAAGCAAGGAGAGUAAAGCCGAGUAAGGGAAUGGAGCCGGUCAGGAGCCAGACUAUCAAGAUAACCUUUGAGGGGGAUAUCGCGACCACACCCAUAAGGGUGGCAGCCACCAAGUCGGCGAGAGGGUCUACAUCGAAGAAGACUGACACGGAUUACGUGAUGGCGGAGAARGACRGGCAGCRGGUCGAUGGAGAGGAGGUUAUCCUUUCGCCGCGAAAGCGGGGAGUGAAGAAGUUCUUAAUGAAGAGUUCGCUGGACGAGAUUGACACGGUCGAGCCACUGAGGCGGGCCCUUCGGCAGCCCAUGCAGUGCUCUAUUCUCGAGUACGUGGCGGCAUCGAAGCCGGCUCGUGAUGAAUUACAGAUGAUCAAGCGGAAGACUCACAUACCUCUAUCGGAGGAGGGUCAGGGGGGCCCUAAGGCGGAAGCUUCUAGAGUAGCGGUAACGGGGGUGACUGCCAGAGCGGAUCGCAUGGCGACAGUCCUUCUCGAUGGAAUGGAAGGUGUGCCUCCAGACAAGUUUUAUAUACUUGGUAGCGGGGCCGUGGAGACAAUUAUAAACGAUGGAGCGGUACUCGAUGCUGUGAUCGAUAACGGCAGUGAGACUGUCAUCAUAGACGAGGACCUGGCAAAGGAGAAAGAAGAAGUUAUCGCUUUCGUGAAAGAAAAGAUGGUUUCCCAUGUUGCAGAGCCGUCUGAUAGCGCUUAUGCUAAUCGAUGGUUCUUCCUACGAAAGCUGAAUGGCAAGAUCCGAUGGAUCCAGGACCUUCAAAAGGUUAACGUGGUGACGAUACGAGACGUGGGCUCCGUGCCACACGCCGAUUUACUGGCAAAAGGCGCCGCAGAGAAGGCUGAGCCAUUGAGACUACUCCUUCGAAAAACUGAUAAAUUCUACUGGGAUUCCUCGCAAGAACUCGCUAUGCAAAAGCUUAAAGAUGAAUUUAAGGAGGGAGGACGCGCACUGGGCGUGCCGUACUUUGAUGAUGAGGCUGGGAGACCCUUCAUAGUAGCCACGGAUGCUGGGCCUUGUUCGGUAGGAGGGUUGCUGUCGCAGAAGGACGCUGAAGAAAAAGAAAGACCAUUAAGAUUUGAGAGUAGGACACUUAAUAUGGCGGAGCGAAACUACAGUCAAUUCAAGAAGAAAGUAUUAGCUGUUCUGCGGUGGCCAGACACGUUCAGAUAUUAUAUCUAUGGACGGCGGUUCAUCUUGAGAGUAGAUCCCACCACGGUUGCCUCUGUCCUCUAGAAGGAUUUUAGCCUGACAGACCCGACUAUUGCACGAUGGU